GUCCAUACUUGUACCUGCCUGCCGAUUGCAAGUCUGCAACAAGCGAAUCCCGCAGAGAAUUGGAAAUGGAGAGCGCCCUGAGCCCGGAGCCUCACUUCGUGGUCAUCCCAUGGCUGGCCACCAGCCACAUGAUACCCAUCGUGGACAUCGCCUGCUUCCUCGCGGCGCACGGCGCGGCGGUCACCGUCGUCACGACGCCGGCCAACGCGCAGCUCGUCCAGAGCCGCGUGGACAGUGCCGGCGACCAGGGCACUUCUAGGAUCACGGUCACCACGAUCCCGUUCCCGGCCGCCGAGGCCGGGCUACCGGAGGGGUGCGAGAGGGUGGACCACCUCCCCUCGCCGGACAUGGUGCCAAGCUUCUUCGACGCCGCCAUGCAGUUCGGCGACGCGGUGGCACAGCACUGCCGCCUCAUGAGCCCGCGCCGACCGAGCUGCCUCGUCGCCGGGAUAUCUCACUCGUGGGCGCACGUCCUGGCGCGCGAGCUCGGCGCGCCGUGCUUCAUCUUCCACGGUUUCUGCGCGUUCUCCCUGCUCUGCUGCGAGUACCUCAACACGCACAAGCCGCACGACGCGGUCUCCUCGCCGGACGAGCUCUUCGACGUCCCUAUCCUGCCGCCAUUCCGGUGCAGGCUCACGAGGCGUCAGCUGCCGCUGCAGUUCCUGCCGUCCUGUCCCGUGGAGGAUAGGAUGAGAGAAUUCCGGGAGUUCGAGCUGGCCGUCGACGGCAUCUUGGUGAAUAGCUUUGAAGAGCUCGAGCGUGACUCCGCCACCCGCCUCGCCGCGGUCACCGGCAAGAAGGUGUUCGCUGUCGGCCCCGUCUCGCUGUCACGCUCACCUACCGUCGACGACCCGCGCGCCUCCUCGGAUGACGCGAAGCGGUGCAUGGCGUGGCUGGACGCCAAGAAGGGCAGGUCCGUGUUGUACGUGAGCUUCGGCAGCGCCGGGCGGAUGCCUCCCGCGCAGCUCAUGCAGCUCGGCAUGGCGCUCGUGUCGUGCCCAUGGCCUGUCCUCUGGAUCAUCAAGGGUGCCGGCUCGCUGCCCGACGACGUCAAGGAGUGGCUGCGGGAGAACACAGACGCCGACGGCGUCGCUGACAGCCAGUGCCUCGCGGUGCGUGGGUGGGCACCGCAGGUGGCCAUCCUGUCCCACGGGGCCGUCGGCGGCUUCGUGACGCACUGCGGGUGGGGCUCCACGCUGGAGAGCAUCGCCGCAGGCGUGCCCAUGGCUGCAUGGCCGUUCACCGCGGAGCAGUUCAUUAACGAGAAGCUGAUCGUGGACGUGCUUGGGAUCGGCGUGUCCAUCGGCGUGACGAAGCCCACCGGUGGCCCGCUGACCGGUGGCGGUGGCGAGGAGAAGGCUGAGGUUGGAAUGGAACAGGUGAAGAGGGCACUGAACAGCCUCAUGGACGGAGGAAUCGAAGGAGAAGAAAGGGUGAAGAAAGUUCAGGAGCUCAAAGCCAAGGCCCAUGCUGCUUUGGAGAAGGACGGGUCAUCCUACAUGAAUCUGGAGAAGUUAAUCCGGUCUGCUGUUUGAAAUUUGAUCACUGUGUGUUGGGUUUUCAUCUCAUUUCUGAAUAAUUUCUUGUGUUUGAUGAUUGAUGUACUCGAGAUAUUUGGUUUCUUGCUUGAACUGUCGUCAACUCGUCAUGAACGCAGUUCCGUGUGCAAAGAUUGGAAAAGGGAAGAUCAUUUCCCUGCUUAUAUUGAUUUCUCAUUAAUAUUUUGCAUUGUGA